AUGGAGUUCCUUUCCUAUUGCUCAAGCUUGAAGGGCUUGCUCUUCACAUCUGGCCUGAUUGGCGCUAUUGUGAUCUUUUCGAGUGUCAUCUACAACCUUUUCUUCCACCCACUUUCCCACAUUCCGGGGCCACUAUUCGCCAAGGCAAGCGGGAUACCAUCGUGGUACCACGCCUUGCGCGGCAGACGGCAUUUGUGGCUGUGGCAGCAAUUUCAGAUCCAUGGUAGCCGAGUCCGUGUGACGCCAAAUACCGUCCUAUUCUGUGAUCCAGAGGCUUAUCGUGACAUUUAUGGAAUGAAAUCAAAUGUUCGACGCGGAGAUUUCUAUACUGCCUGGAGACGAAAUGAGCGCGAUCAGACGACGCUAAAUACUGUCGAUGUGGCCGAUCAUGCACGAAAACGCAAACUUCUUAACCUGUCCUUCACGGAUAAGUCGGUUCGUUCAGCGUCAGCCUUUAUCAUUCAGCACGUAGGACGCUGGAACGAACUUCUAGUGCAAGACUGUGGCAUGGAUUGGUCUGAACCAACGGAUCUAUCGAAUUCGGUAGACACUCUUAUUUUUGACAUCAUGGGAGAUCUUUGUUUUGGGAAGUCUUUCGAUAUCAAAGAGCCAGGAAACAACCCGCUUAAAGCUGUGCCACACAACAUCACUGAGUACAUGCAGUUCUACUACCCGAUAUGCCGCUCACCAUUUCUCGGGUUUGUUCUUUGGCUGAAGCCCCGUGGUCUCAACAAGCUUUUCGAACUCCUUACUCCACCAGCGGUUCAACAAUACUACCAGUUUGUUCACAACAGCGUCACCAAACGUAUUGCCCUCCAACAAGCACAGGCGGACAAACCAGAGAGCCAACGCCGUCAAGACAUGUUUUAUUUCAUGUGCGAAUCCCGUGAUCCAGAUACCGGUGCUCCAGCAUAUGACGAACAAGACUUACGUGGCGAGGCAAAUUUACUCAUCAUUGCUGGAUCUGACACCACAGCCAUCAGCCUGUCGGGAAUAUUCUUCUACUUGACAGGUGAUAUUCACAGAUACCAGAAGCUCGUAGACGAGAUCAGGUCCACGUUCACCUCGGUGGACGAAAUCGUACACGGACCAAAGCUUCUCUCAUGCGGAUACUUGAAGGCCUGUAUUGAUGAAGGAAUGAGACUGACUCCAUCCGGACCUUCCGAGUUGCCACGAGAGGUGCUCCCAGGAGGUCUGGAAAUCAAAGGCGAGUAUUAUCCACCGGGAACCAUCGUCGGUACUGCAGCAUGGCCCAAUUCACGUAACGAGGAGAUAUACGGAGAUCCCAACGUGUUCCGUCCCGAGAGAUGGAUUGUUGAUAAUGUUGCGGGUGUAACUCAAGAAGACGUGGCUCGGGCUCGUUCCAACUUUCAUCCGUUUUCCAUGGGCCCCGGUAACUGCAUCGGAAAGAACCUGGCGAUGACUGAACUUUUGAUCACGGUCGCUCAGACUCUGUAUCGAUUAGAUGUUCGUAGAGCGCCAGGCUCUACAUUCGGAGGUGGGUCACCCGAGCUUGGGUGGGGUGCUCGCGAUGCGAAGCAGUUCCAACUCAAGGAUGCGUACAUCUCACUUCGAAAGGGGCCAAUGGUACAGUUUAGGAAGAGAGUCAAUUGA